AUGGAAAAGAAGGAAAUCUGGGACAAAAUCCUUGAUGCCGAAAGAAUACAAAUCGAUAAACCCUGGUAUAAAGUCAUCAUUCACAAAAUCCCAAUUCAGGAAUUCUCAGGUCUGAAAGGUAUAGACCUAAUCAAAGAGGAAGUCAAUACCUUCAACUCAGGGCUCAGUAUUAUGAGUACUCCUUACUGGCUUACUAAUGCCUCCAAAAGAGCCAAAUAA